UUUAGUUGUUGUUGUUUUUAUAUUAUAUAUUAUAUUAUACUGGAUGAAGAAGAAUAAGACGGAGACACGCCACAAAGUUCUUGAAUUCCAACAUAACUGGUUACGACCCGUUUUUUGAGGAAUGCAUAGGCCUAAGAGCUACAAGGACAAUGGUUCAUUUGAAGUGUGAUUAGUUUAUUUGAAGAUUCAUUUUCAUGUUGUUUUUAUAUGUUUUGUAUUUUUUUUUGUUUACAAUUUUUAACAUAUAUACCCUGUUUCCUGACAGUCUCUGCGUCUCAUUCUAUUCUUCUUGUGUUCCCAAAUCAAAUAAAUAGCACAGCGUCUGCAUGUAUAAAUGUAUAUUUUUCAUCUCAUCCAUUUCCUUCUUCGGCUAAUGCGAGGCUGCAGAUGAAGAUGAGGGGAGUUCUGUAUCUGUGCAUGUAACCUGGACCGGGUCAUCUGGCCGGUGUUUGGAUGAACUACCACGGCUGGUUUGAUGGUUUGAAUCAAUGGUAACAACAUGUGAUCGUAGUCCAACAGUUUCAUUCAGCCGUUUAUUGGAAAAACGGUUCUCGGUUUUAUUUUUUUACGCUUUCAAGUUAUAUAGCAUGUAAGGUCGACACAUACAGUAUGUCCUCUAUAGUUUCAGUGAUGCCAUGCUAAUAUUACCAACAUAUUAUCAUACUUAACAUUUCUAAUACCAUAGAAGAUAAUAUAGGACUAAGAUAACAGUAUCAUACUUCAUAGUUUUAAUUUCAUAUAACAACGUAUAACAUCGUAUAACUAAUAUAUCAAACAUGCCAUCAUACUUCGUAUUUCUUAUAUUUUAUAACAUAAUAUCCUCUGCGCGCCCCAACACCAAUGCCCCCCCUCCGGUACGUCCGCCCCCCAAAGUUGGAAACCUAGGGGAAACACUGAUAAGACAUAAUACAGUAGAAAUAAUAUAUCAGACAUGGCUUUAAACUUUAUAUUUCUAAUAUCAUAGAACUAAUACGAAUGAUAUAUUUCAUAUCUCCAAUAUAAUUUAAUAAAAUAUGGAACUAAUAUAAAUAUAGCAUCAGACUUCAUAUUUAUAAUAUACUGUAUAACAUAAUAUCUUAAUACAAUGUCAUGAACAUAACAGAUGGUAUAUUUCUCCACUAGCCAUGCCUUUAAUACUUGGACAAACUAUAGAGGGGAACAUAUGUGUCUUCCUUGCAUGUUGUAUAACUUUUAAAAUUAAGCUGAGAACCAAACUUUCCAGUAAUGGUUUAAUGAGACUGUUGGACUACGUUCUCAUGUUGGUCCCAUUGAUUUGUCAAACCAGCCAUGGUAGUUCAUCCCGGGUCCAGGGUACAUGGGGAAAAUACAGAAAUCCCCUCUUCUUCAUCUGCAGCCUCCCAUUAUCCGAAAUAUGGACAUGGAUGGGAUGAAAAAGAUGCUGUGCUGUGCUACUUUCCAGUUGCUUUGAUCUGCCAAUUUGUAAUGAAGUUGUAAUAAAACACUUGGAGCACAGGGAAUAAAAGUUACCCACAUCACGGUACAAAUGAAUGAGGAGGAGGAAAGUUAUUUAUGGCCUGGACGUGGCUCCAUUCUGUCCGCACCUCCAGAUCCCGAAUCAUCGUUUAGAUCUUUUAAGACUCCAGGACAGACGGUGGCGGUAGAGGACCAGAUCACACUUUCCCCCCGCCCUUAUUAACAAUCGCAUAUUCAAAAUGUCCCUCCACGGACACCGUAGUCGCGGUGCCUGCUGGUCCUCUGUGUAGGAAGUGAAAUGUGAACAUAUGUUCACAGUAGGAUGACAACUCUUCCAAAACAUGUAUCAAUGUUAAAUGUAGCAAUGCUGAAACAAAAGUCGCGAUGUUAGCCUCGUUGUUGAGACUCAAAAGAGCCCGACUGCUCUCCCCGGAAGUGCUUUUAGGAGCCGAGGAGGUGAGGAGCUGCCCUUCCACGCCGGCGGCGUGGAGGCGCAGGGUCACCGUGGCCGUCAGAGACGUCGCCACCUACGCUCCGCUGUGCGCCAAAGUCCGCGCAAACGCGCAGAAGAGGGAGCUGUCCGAGAAAAAGCUGACCCGUCACUUUGUGGACCAUCGCCGCGUGAAGCUGCAGGCCGGGUCCGGCGGCAGAGGGGCGUCCAGCUUCCACAGCGAGCCACGCAAAGAAUGGGGAGGACCCGACGGGGGGAAUGGAGGAGACGGAGGAAGCAUCCUCUUCAAAGCAAACAAGUUUGUCAAGUCGUUGGCGCAGCUGGUUCCUGUUUACAAGGGAGAAAACGGUCAGCCGGGGGGAAACAAGAACUGUUACGGCAAGAACGGCGUCCCCACUUCUAUUUCUGUUCCUCUGGGCACUGUUGUGAAGGAACACGGGGAGACCGUAGUGGACCUUUCUGAGCACGGCCAGGAAUAUCUGGCCGUGUUCGGCGGUGCCGGUGGGAAGGGCAAUCGCUUCUUCCUUUCCAACGAGAACCGCGCCCCGAUGACGGCGACCCCGGGAGCGGCGGGCCAGGAGAGGGUCCUCCAGCUGGAGCUCCGCACCAUGGCCCACGCCGGACUGGUGGGGUUCCCUAAUGCCGGCAAGUCGUCGUUGUUGAGAGCCAUCUCCAACGCUCGGCCCGCUGUGGCUGCCUACCCUUUCACCACGCUCAAUCCGCAUGUGGGGAUCGUGAACUACAGGGACCACGAGCAGAUCGCAGUGGCCGACAUCCCGGGCAUCAUCCGCGGGGCCCACCUCAAUCGAGGCCUCGGCAUCUCCUUUCUGCGGCACAUAGAGCGCUGUCCUUUCCUCCUCUACGUCCUGGACCUUUCCACCCCGGAGCCCUGGACCCAGCUGGAGCACCUGCGGUAUGAACUGGACCAGUACGAGCCGGGCCUUUCCCAGCGGCCCCAGGCCAUCGUAGCCAACAAAAUGGACCUACCCGAGGCCCGGGAGAAGGUGGAGACUCUAAAGAGCCUGGUCAGCGAGCGCGUCAUCCCCGUGUCGGCCCUCACGGGACAGAACGUGGAGGAGCUCAUCCUCCACCUCAGGGAGCUUUAUGACAGCUACCUUUGUGGAGAAGGCCGACCCUCCCGGUGGUAGUGGAGGCUAGCUCCACUCGCUCAACUGAUGGUUUUAUUGUAUAUAUUUAUGCUGCUCAAUAAAUACUCAAACUAGUACACUGAUAACAGGUUACACAUGUGUUAAGAAUUGAGAUUGACAAAUGCCCUUUUAGGUUAUUGCAAAAUGAAUAAGUCAAUGGAAGGAUGUUUGUGUGCUUGAAGAUGGUUUUUGAGGAAAAUUGUGACGAUUGCAGUGGGUGCCUAAAUGUAAACAUUUAUUGUUUUCCAGAAAGCCACAUAUAACCAAAUAAUAACAACCUGGGAUCUUCACA